AUGGAGGACAAGGAGCUUAAGACCAAAGCCUACCGCGUCAUCGCCUAUUCCGCUAUAUCCUUCAGUUUUGUGGCUACUUUAUCAGUAUGCCUAUCCCUUCCAAUGAUCUACUUCUAUAUUGAUAAUGUGAAGACGUCGUUGCAGGGGGAGAUUGAUUAUUGUCGGAACUCCGCAAAAGACAUCUGGUCAGAAGUUCAACAAUUCAAACAACUCCCUCGGAACCGUACCGCCCGUCAAGUCUCAUCUCAAAACUACGCGGACACCCCUCAAGGAGAAGAAUGUGACGGAUGUUGCACCCCGGGCGCUCCGGGCGCCGUCGGCGAACCAGGCCGCCCGGGUCGUCCCGGUAAGCCGGGUGUACCCGGUUUACCGGGUAAUCCUGGAAAACCACCACAGCAACCGUGUGAUCUCGUGACUCCGCCCCCAUGUUCUCCGUGUCCGGCGGGGCCUCCGGGGAAGCCCGGACCCCAGGGACCGCCUGGCGAUGUGGGCCAUCCUGGGAAUCCAGGGGAGCGGGGAUUGGAUGGAGAGCCCGGGGAACCAGGGCCACCAGGUCCACCCGGAGAGCCGGGUCUCCCCGGCUCCCAGGGCAUCCCUGGCCAACCAGGCGUCAACGCGGAGCCCGUUUCCUUCUCUCCUGGGGAACCAGGUCCCCCUGGAGAAAUGGGACCCCCCGGUGCACCCGGGGAACCCGGAGAAUUUGGAGAAGAGGGACCACCGGGGAUGCCGGGACCUAAAGGACCACCGGGAUCUUCUGGAAUACCUGGAAAUGAUGGACCACCGGGUGUUCGGGGUCCCCCCGGACAACCAGGGUAUGCUGGAGAGAGGGGAAUCUGUCCAAAGUACUGUGCGAUUGAUGGAGGUGUCUUUUUUGAAGAUGGAUCGAGGAGAUAA